CGCCCCGCCCGAGCCCGAACUAAAGCGACGUGUCCUUGUCCCCCGUGGGCAGCCCGAACCCUCUGGCCCCGCGCACCUGUGACGGCCGAGCACCUGUUCCAGCCCCAGGCCUCGGAUCUGCAGGAGGAAAAAAAAUUGGAGAUAAGCCUGGGUUGCCAUUUCCCAUCUUCUACUGAAAUAUGAAGACCAAAAACAAACCCACAAAGCGCAGGAUUUUGGCGGACAAAGAGACAUUUCAUGGUGAGCCAACAUCCAGUAAGCAGGACCUGGAGAAAUGUUUGAGGAACAGGGACAGGCGGAAGGGGGAGAAGGCUGAGGGCAGCAAGGUAGGGACUGCCAAGAAGAAGUCAUCCUCGGGCAGCCGGGAAAGCAAUUUGAGGAGGUUGGAGAGUAAUGAGAGGGAGAGGCAGAGGAUGCACAAACUCAACAAUGCCUUCCAGGCCUUGCGAGAAGUCAUUCCCCAUGUCAGGGCAGAGAAGAAACUCUCCAAAAUUGAGACCCUCACUCUGGCCAAAAACUAUAUCAAAUGUCUGACCUCCACCAUCCUCAACAUGUCCAAUGGUUGUCUCCCUCCCCUGGAAGGGGAAGGAUCUGCUCACAACUCUAAAUUCUACCAGCACUAUCAGCAGCAGCGAGGAGAUGAGGAAAGUGAAGACCACCUAAAGAAAUACUCUACCCAGAUCCACAGUUUUCGGGAAGGGAGCUAGACGGACCUCCUCCCUCUGGACCAACAUCCUGACAUCUUCAGGCAAGGAGCAAUGGACUCCGAAAAGGUGUAACUGUGUCAUCACCUUAUUUUUAUUGUCUGUUACAUUUUGACCAACAUCUCAAAUUAUCAUGCACAGACUACUGAGCGAUUUUUUUUCCCAUACAGAAAUAGUAAAAGUGGUUCAUCUUCCUUCUAAAAAAUAGCCAAUUACUGAGAAAAACUUGAACUGACAGCCCCUUGCUCAAUCACAGUCCCCAAAGGGCAUUUUCCAUCGCUCAGCCUUAGGCACAGCGUGACUCUCACUCCCCUUGGGUGUCCUCAGACAGGUGCCCAAGGCCUGAUUCUUGUAGCAUCCAUUUGAAACAUGCCCUGAGGGGUAGGAAAUGGAAACGGUUGGCUCAGCUGGAGUUUGUAGUGACCGGGGUGGUGCAUUAUUCCCAUAAACAUUUUGACCUUUGUAACUGAAACAUUUCUGACCCUCUCUUGUGUGACAGAUAAUCUUCUAAGAGAUUAUUUUUUGUAUAUAUCACCAACAGAAAUUGAAGCCUCAGUCUACCUUUU